GGUCAUCCGAGCAAUUUUUCGCCUUCUUUUUUCUUUGUCUCUUUUUAAGCCUUUUUUCUCGUCGUUCAUCUGGGACGUUCUUUGCCCACCCACGCUUUUUUCAAAAGAUGACGUUGGACAAUCAGUACAAUGUUGCUUAUGCUGACGAAUAUACUCAGCUUCUCACGGACUUGCAUAACCAAUAUUGUCGGGACCAGCCCGAAGAUAUCUUGCAGUAUUGCGCCAAUUUCUUUAAUCGCAAAUUGGAAGAACAACGUACCGCCAUGCGCGACCAACGUCCGACUUUUUUCGAUGCUCAGGAGUUUCACCCAUUGGUAGAUAACCAGGCACCAUCUACUUAUGCGGCCGAUCUCAUGGACAGUGAUGACAAUGAUAUUGAAGAGUCUGAUUUCGAUGAUGAGGAACGGGACAACUUUUCGACCGCACCAUUAUCGAUGGGUCCACCUGCGUCUUACAACCGAGACCGUCGGACAUCGGUCAGCGCCGAGUCGAUGGCUCCGACAAAUGGAAAGGACUACAUUAAAACGGUGAUACCAAAAGCACAAGACCAGUGUGACCGAAUCCGUGUAUCAGUUAGCAACAAUUUUUUGUUUCGCAAUUUAGAUGAAGAUCAACACCAGGACGUCGUGAAUGCUAUGGCCGAGAAAAGAGUAUGCGUGGACGAAGUCGUGAUUGAACAGGGUGCUGUGGGCGAUUAUUUUUACGUGGUGGAAAGUGGUACCUUGGACUGCUUUAUUACCAAAGGCGAUGAUCCACGAAUCAAAGUGGCCAAUUACGAAGCGGGCGGUAGUUUCGGUGAAUUGGCUUUGAUGUAUAAUGCCCCUCGUGCGGCAACGAUUAUUGCUACUUCCGAUUGCGUACUGUGGGCCUUGGAUCGGGUCACAUUCCGCACCAUUUUAAUGGAGAACACCUCCCGCAAGCGUCGAAUGUACGAAGCGUUCUUGGAAGAAGUCCCCUUGCUGAAAUCGUUGGAACCGUACGAGCGCCAUAAAAUUGCAGAUGCAUUGGAAUCAGUUUACUUUGAAGACGGGCAAAGCGUGGUAAUGCAAGGAGACAUCGGUGAUCAGUUCUAUAUCAUUGAAUCAGGCGAGGCAUCGGUUAUCAAGGAUCAGCAAAAAGUGAAUCAUCUAGAAAGGGGUUCUUACUUUGGUGAAUUGGCGUUGUUGAAUGAUAGUCCUCGUGCUGCAACGGUAAUCGCGCACGGUCGAUUGAGAUGUGCGACCUUGGGUAAAAAGGCAUUUACGCGAUUGUUGGGUCCUAUUUUAGACAUUUUAAAACGCAAUUCUGAAAAUUACCAUGCCAUCAUUAAUCAGCAGCAGCAGCAAGAACAACUCUCCGCAGCAUGAUGAUCUUCAUGCUUAUUCUUUUGCUGCGUUUCCACUCCCGACCUGUUUCCUUUUUAUAUCCUUUUAGACUUUCUUUUUACACAAAUUAUCAAAGACCUUUAAAAGAUACACAGAAUUUUUACACCCAAUUGAUACACAGAAAGAAGACGACAAGGAAAAAUGCAAAUUUUGUGUUUAGACUUGAUCCUUCCAGACCGAUAAAUAAAGUUUUACAGUUCCUUCUUUUUC